UGAGAUAGGGUCUUGCUCUGUCACCCAGGCUGGAAUACAGUGGUGCAAUCACGGCUCACUGCAGCCUCAACCUCUGGGGCUCAAGCCAUCCUCCCACCUCAGCACCCCCUAGUAGUUGGGACUAUAGUCACAUGCCAGCAGGCCUAGCUAAUUUUUUUGGCAUUUUUUUUUUUUGUAGAGACAGGGUCUCACUAUGUUGCCCAGGCUGGUCUCAAACUCCUGGACUCAAGAGAGCCACCCGCCCUGGCCUCCCAAAGUGCUGGGAUUACAGGAGUGAGCCACUGUGCCUGGCCCUAAAAAUAAUUUAUUAAGCACAUAAAGCACUCUAUGCCAGACACUGUUCAAAGAACUUCAUGUUAUCCCAUUUAAUCCUCCCAGUUGUAGCUAUAAAGGAGACGCUAGUAUAAAAAGUUCAAGAAACUGAGGCAAAGAGCGAUUUAGUAACUUUUGGGGAUUUGAAUCCAGGUAGCCUUUCUAAUACCAAGGGAAGAAAACAAAAUAAAUUACAUGCAGUUUAAAGCAGUGGCACUUCUGUCAUGUUUAUCUCUUCAUUUACUAGAGCCAAAUCUUUCCCAGGACUUACAUAAGUAAUGUCCAUUCCUUGUCCUGUUUAAAGAUAGUACCAUCUAGCCUCAAAGAACUGAUUAUAGAAUUGGGUCUGUAAUUUGUUUCUGAAAAUUGGUGUUCUGAAACUAUUUCCCCAACAAAACACCUAGAAAUGCUGAAUAAAAUAUAAGAAAAAUCUUUUAAUGUAUAAAUGAGUGGUGAGUGGUUAAAUAUAAAGAAUAUCCAGGAAACAAAAAUGAAGAGAGAAUAGAGAACUAGGGAUGAUAGCUGGUGCUAACUCUAUGGCUACGUUGGAGUUGCUUGAUGGUCUUGACAACGAAGAUUUAACAGGUGCCUGAGCGCAGGCGAUAAGGAGUGAGACCACUGUAUAGUGAGAAAUUAGAAUAAAGACCUCUAUAUAAAGCCAGGACUUUGAAAACCUAAACCUUCAUUAAAAGGUGGAUGUAAAACAAAUCAGCCUUCUUGUAAAGAAAGAUGACAAGGAAACUUGUCAUAGCCUAGGUUCAGGAUUGGAGAAAAAAAUAAUGUCUCUUGAGAUGGUGUAAUCAAAAUUCUGCCUUUUGGAGAGUCUGGGUUUUGAAUUCAUAUUACCUUUACUGGGAAACCCAAGUUGAGAAACUAAUAAAGUUGUCCCAUGAUACCUGGCAAAAACAAACACACAGAUACUGCCUUCAUGGGAAUAUCAUCAAUAUAGGCCCAUCUAUAGAUUCCUAUAGCUAAAAUGCUGCUGAUUAUGAUCACACAAUUCAAAAUUACAUUAUAUGAGCAGUAGUCAGCAGCAAUGACACGGUUCUUAAGUAAUAAAAGAGAGAAUCUAGGGCUGGGCAUGGUGGCUUAUGCCUGUAAUCCCAGCACUUUGGGAGGCCGACGUGGGUGGAUCACCUGAGGUCAGGAGUUCAAGACCAGCCUGGCCAACAUGGCGAAGCCCUGUCUCUACUAAAAAAUACAAAAAUUAGCUGGGCGUGGUGGCGGGUGCCUGUAAUCCCAGCUAGUUGGAAGGCUGCGACAUGAGAAUCACUGGAACCUGGGAGGUGGAGGUUGCAGUGAGCUGAGACUGUGCCACUGCACUCCAGCCUGGGCAACAGAGCAAGACCCUGUCUCAAAAAAAAAAAAAAAAAAAAAAAAAAAGAGGGAAUCUAAAAAGAAAUUUAAGAAGGAAUCUAAAACAUGAGAAAGGAACAAAAGGCUAUCGAGAAAAAACAGGCGUAUUUGUAAAAGAAUCAAAGAUAUCUACUAACAUGAAAAAUAUAUUCAUUGACAUGAAAAGCCUGACGGGUAGGUUGAAGAGCAGAUUAGGUAUAGCUGAAGAGAGAAACAGUGAGGUGGAAAAAAAAGCUGGAGAAAUUAUCCGGAAUGAAGCAAAACAGGUAAACAUAUGGAAAACAUGGAAGAAAAGUCAUAAGACAUGGAGGAUGGAAUGAUGGUUGAAUAUACAUCUGAUCAGUAUUCCAGAAAAAGAAGGUAGGGAAAAGGAGAGAGAGGCAACAUUCAAAGUGAUGGUGUCCUAGGAUUAAUUUUUAAGGAUUGAUGAAAGAUUCAGAGUUAAGCAUUCCAAGGAAGAUAAAUAAAAUAAAUUUAUACCUGAAUGUGUCAUAUUGAAACUGUAAAAUACUAAAGACAAAGUGACAGUCUUAAAAGCAAUCAGAUAGUAAAGGAAAUGUUAUCUAUAAAGUCUUUGCUACAAAAAUAGUGGGAGCUAUAGACAGCGAAAUAAUAUUUUCCAGGUUCUGAGAAACAAACAAACAAAAAACAACCAUCAGUCCUGAAUUAUAUACCCAGCUUAACUGCUUUUCAAGAGUGUGUGAAGGAAAGACAAAUUUACCGCUAAUGAAUCUUUACUAAAAGAACUAUUAAAGGGGUCAGGUGCAGUGGCUCACAUCUGUAAUCCCAGCACUUUGGAAGGCCGAGGCAGAUCACUUGAGGUCAGGAGUUCGAGACCAGCCUGGCCAACUUGGUGAAACCCAUGUCUGUACUAAAAAUACAAAAAUUAGCUGGGCAUGGUGGUGCACAUCUGUAAUCCCAGCUACUCACGAGGCUGAGGCAGGAGAAUCGCUUGAACAUGGGAGGUGGAAGUUGCAGUGAGCCAAGAUCAUGCCACUGCACUCCAGCCUGGGCAGCAGAGUGAGACUCUGUCUCAAAAAAAAAAAAAAAAUGGUGGACAAAGAAAUGGUACAACUUUGAAUGCACUUUAUCCAAAUCCUUGCUCUGUCUUCCUGCUGAGGGAGUAUAAUCUUUUUGUACUGAGAGGGAUGUUCUGUAAUAUAUUUCACUCUUUUGAUGGCAAAAGUCAUGAGACACUUUCUUGACCCACUUGAGCUCUUCCAAGGACUAUAACUUCCACCCUGAGAUACUCAAGGCUCCUCCACAGGUGAGCCUCAGUUUCAUGGUGACCACACACUAGAAAUUCUGUAGGGAAGAAUGGGAAACAGUCUAAAGCCUCUCAGGUACCAGAUGCUGUGCUAGAUAUGGUACAACCUACUCUAAAAAAUCAUUCCUUCCCUGGGGAAGCUUCCUUCUUAGUGGGUUCAUGGACACACACAUUACAGAGGAGUUUGAGGGAUGAGCAAUCGAUUUGGCAGGUCACAUUCUCCAAAAACCAGUAAGCAAACCACAGAGCUUGGAACUGAGUGUUUGGAAGUAUGUUCACAGACCUACUAGAUGACUCUGGCUAUGCAUAGAUUUUACAUUUCCUUACAUGAAUUUCUCACCCUUAUGUUCUCUCCGACACCUGUAUCAUUUGCUCACUCAAGCCUCUGGAAAUGAAUUUCUCCUGCACUAACAAGUUAGAGAAUGAAAUGAUGCUUGGAUGAAGUGAUGCUUAGGGUUUGUUUCAAUCUGAGAGCCAAGUUUUCCACACGCAGAAAACCAGGCAACAUUAAAAUUCAAAACUCAGGCCACGGAGUCUGAAAUGUAUGUUUGCGAACAGUCUGAUUUCAUGUCUGCCUCUGAUGCCCUGUGAAUACAAAUCACCUCAUCUGGGGCUGGAGGAGCAGAGAGGAAGAAACCUAAGAAUGAUCUCCAAAACAAAUCUUUAAUUCGGAUGAGUAUAAUAGAGUGUAAUCCCAUUUCAAGUCUGUCAGCAUUCCUUUGAUGAUUACAAAUGAGUCCCUUUUCCCCUGCAAUGUGGGGGAAUAAUCUGGAUAAAAUAACCCUUUUUGUCUGCAAAGGCCCAUGCGAUGCGUCCUCGUGACAGCUUUCAGAGUAGUGUUUCAGAGUCUGAGAGAAGAGCACACCGUGCUACCAAGUCAUCUCCUUUCUUUCUCUUGACUUAGAAGAUUUUUCACUCUUUUCAUGUUCAGUGGCUUCCGAAAUUCUCAGGCUUAGAAAUCAUAAAUCAUCGUACUGUACUGAGGAACAAGAGAAACCCAGGUCACCAGCUCCUUUUCCCUCCCUGCCUGCUCAACAGGAGACGACAGGUGGAAAUGGGAAUGUAUGAUCUUAUCUAGAAGGCCAAUUUGUACAGCUUUGGAGGGAUAUACUUGAAGAAAUUCACAUAAUUUUACAGUCUCUUUUUCAUUAAAAAAAAUGUACACUGAACCCAAGUUCAGGCUUACAUGCCUCCCUUUGUCAAUUUCCUUGUAAAAUUAAGGGAUAGUCAUUUUAAACACUUCAUUCUAUUAUCUGAGACCUGAAUGCCAGAACGCUCCUUCCAAAGCUAAUGAUGCAAAAUGUUUUGUGGACAGGCCACCCUGGACACAAAGACUCAGAAUGAAAAGGGGUCUUGAGAACCCCAGUGCUGUGGUCCCGCUCUGUGGAACUGGUCACGGCAGGCUGUGGAGAACCACACAGAGCAGAUCUUGUGGUCUUGCUUGUUCCACUUUCAAGUGCAAAGGUCCCUCUCAUCUGAUUUCCGUAUUUUUUUUUUAAAUUAGAAUGUCCCAGGAUGAUGAUGAUGACGUGAUGAUGAUGAUGAUUGAUGAUGAUUUCUCACAGAGUCUCAUUCUGUUACCCAGGCUGGAGUGCACUGGCAUGAUUGUGACUCACUGCAGCCUCAACCUCCUGGGCUCAACAGCUCCUCCUGCCUCAGCCUCCCAGGUAGCUGGGACUACACACCCCACUAAUUUUUAAAAGUAUUUUGUAGGGUGGGUGCAGUGGCUCACACCUGUAAUCCCAGCACUGUGGGAGGCUGAGGUGGGCAGAUCACCUGAGGUCGGGAGUUUGAGACCAGCCUGGCAAACAUGGUGAAAUCCCAUCUCUACUAAAAACAAACAAACAAACAACAACAACAAAAAUUAGUUGGGUGUGGUGGCAUGCCCCUGUAAAUCCCAGCUACUCAGGAGGCUGAGGUAGGAGAAUCGCUUGAACCCAGGAGGCGGAGGUUAUAGUGAGCCGAGAUCACGCCACUGCACCGCAGCCUGGGAGACAGAGCAAGACUCCAUCUCAAAAAAAAAAAGUAUUUUGUAGAGACAGGGUCUUGCUAGAUUGCCCAGGCUGCUCUCAAACUCCUAGCCUUGAGCGAUUCUCCUGUCUCAGCCUCCCAAAGUGCUGGGAUUACAGAUAGGUGCCACUGUGCCUGGCCCAGGAUUAUUUUUUAUUAGUGUUAGAGCUCUCAAACACCAUAAACUAAGGCUUUGAGGCAAAAGGUCUUUUCUUGUCUCAGAUUUCUGUGUCUCUCCCUGGCUAUUCAAGUCAAGGCAGGUUAUUUGGGUUUGUCAACAUUUGCCAAAAAUGCUAUAUGCUCUUUACAGGGGACGGCGAUCUUUACCCAGUGAACAUUUUGCUUUUCCUGAUGUUUAGUUGAAACCAGUGAUUCUCAAUCCAAGAGUGAUUUUGUCCCUUGGGAAUAUCUGGCAAUCUCUGGAGGCAAUUUUCUUUGUCACAGCCUCUUAGCGAGUAGAAGCCAGGGACGCCGCUAAACAUCUUACAAUGUCCAGGACAGCGCCCCCACAGCAAAGAAUCAUGCAGUCCUCGUGCUAAGGUUGAGGAACCCUGGGCUAGACCAGCAGAUUUGUCCUUGUUUUAUUUUCCACACUUUUAGAACCUGAAAAAAGUGAACACUUUUUUUUUUUAAAUCAGAGUUGAGUCUGGAGUCCCUAGACAGCUCUGAAAGACUCUCUUCUCCAAAUCUAGCUUGCCUUCUGCAGCCCGAAGGAGGUCUUCAGUUCCAUAAAGCCAAAGAAAUGAAAAUCCACUGGCUGCUGUGCUUCUCCACCCUCUCUAGCCCAGUGGGGUUUUAGUCAGAAUUUUUCCCCCUUCCUUUCCUCCAAGGACCUUGUCUAUGUGUUUGGCCCUUUUGCCUUCAUCUCAAGCUAGACUCUUGGCCAUCAUUAACGUCAAAGUGAAAUAUUGCUCUGGAGAGGUGUUCAGACUUGAAGUCACUUGCUCACUUGACGUGCGAGGAUGUGUUUGCAACACGUCUCAAUUAUUUCAAAAUCUCAGUGAAAUGGUUGCAUGAUGGGGGGUGGAUAAUUUGAUUUGAACAUGAAAAAGGAAGGAGAAAGUCACGAAGAUAGUGCAGAGGUUUUUUUUUUUUUUGGCAUCUCCCACUGCCUCCCCGACUUUCCUCCUUCCCCGUGUUCCUGCUCUCAUUCCCCCUACCUCUCUCUCUCCAACCCCUGCCACCCCACCAGCCUCCAUGCACUCACAUACAGACAGCUUGGGUGUUACUUUGUGAACAGCGCAUUCAGCAGUCUGUGCUGCUGUUAUACACUUAUCAAGAUACGCUGGAGUUUGUGUGGUCAUGGGGCUGAGCAUCGUUUUACAGCCCACAUCGAGAAGGAGGAGUUGACGGACUCCUCUGAAAUGGUAACUACCAUCCCUGCCCAGAGGCCUCAAGACUGCAGAGCAGCUUCCACUUUCUGAGCAUGCCUCCCUCCAUCACCCCUUCAGACAAGUCACAACUCUACUUAAAAUAUUUUUUUCCUUCUGCCAAACACAGGGAAAAUAUAGUAUUGUUUCCAAGAGAGCGAGCAGGGGCACCAGCAGGAAUGGGUGUGCAGUAUUUGUACAGUUUUGUGACUCAGUCCAUCUGAAUUUCCAAGCAUUUUAAGAGCUUUGUCCCAAAAAAAGGUCUAUUGUGUGGCUCUUGGCACUGAAGAAAAUAGCAGGCCUGUCAGAACUCUGUUUCAGAUUUAAUUUUCAAGUGGGUGAUGUACGAAUGCUGUCCAACGGGAGGGCAUUUUCUCAUUCCUGCUCACUUUGGUGCCAUAGAACUUCAGUUUUCAGAAUCAGCUCAGAUUAAAAAACGGAAGCAUCUUUUCCCUGGACACCCUUUUAAUAAAAAGGCACCAUGUUCUUAAGCAAGGAUUACUGUGGCUCUUAAAUGAAUAUGGCUUCCUGCAAUAAAAGUAAGAACAUUUGACGAUGUAUAUAAUAAAUUUGUUUUUUCAGAGCAUCUUCUUGCAAGACUUUACUAUUCUUUGUUUCUAUAUAGUUUGGAAAUGCAGGCCUAAAGACAUUAUUGAUCUUCUCAAAUGCCUCUUGAAUGGAAUAUUUACCGCUGUGUAUAGACGGUGUAAAAAAUAGGCAGAGGCCGGGCGUGGUGGCUCAUGCUUGUAAUCCCAGCACUUUGGGAGGCUGAGGCGGAAAGAUCACGAGGUCAAGAGGUUGAGACCAUCCUGGCCAAUGUGGUAAAACCCCAUCUCUACUAAAAAUACAAAAAUUAGCUGGGCGUGGUGGCACAUGCCUGUAGUCCCAGCUACUCGGGAGGCUGAGGCAGGAGAAUCGCUUGAACCUGGGAGGCGGAGGUUGCAGUGAGCCGAUAUCGUGCCACUGCACUCCAGCCUGGUGACAGAGCAAGUCUCCAUCUCAGGGGGAAAAAAAAAUAGGCAGAGGCCAGGCACAGUGGCUCAUACCUAUAAUCUCAGCACUGUGGGAGGCCAAGGUGGGAGGAUGACUUGAAGGCAGGAGUUUGAGACAAGCCUGGGCAACAUAGCAGGACCCCAUCUCUAUUAAAAAAAAAAAAAAAAAAAAGAAAGGCAGGAAAAACUUGUUUUUGAAGUUUCUCUUUUCCUAGUUGUUUUCUUCCCUGGACCUUAAACAGUGGACAGUGACUUUUCUCAUUCCAUGUAUACUUUAUGUAGAGUGCACAGUUUGUCCUCCAUGUCCCUUGUCUUCUCUUGUUGAUAAAGAUUGUGUACUAUAUAUUUUUAAAAAAGAACUGAAGCAUCAUAUCUGACCCCUGGAUCCCUCUGAACUGUGAAAAGAUGAUAAACUUCUGGGCUCAGAAAUUUUCCCAUAAUGUUGCCAAGCAUUAGUCCAGUGUGGAGGCGACUUUCUGCUCAAACCACUCAUUUGGGUCCCACGCCCAACGUCACCCAUCCUCAGCAAAACAACCUUUAUUUCCUUCUUCCUGGUUUCCAGAAAGUUCCCUUAAAGCCCUGAGGAAUCACCGAAUGAAAGGGGCUUUUUACAAACAGGAAGCUUAAGUGGAGUGCCAGUACACAACAUGGAUUGCACCAGGCUGGGUCUAAGAUAAAACCAGACUGCGGACAACGGGACAGAUAAGGCCCACAUGGCUCUGCACUGCCUGGGUCUGUUACUGUGUGGAGGAAUGUCUUAGUCUGUUGCUCCUGUGGGUGUAGCUAAAACACGAACCAGGAGCCUUCAUCCUUAGAAAGGAGUCAGACAGACACCUGAGAACCAAUCCCAAACUGCACCCUUCCCCUGAACCUCGUGGAACCUUCUGGAAUGCAACUCAUUACUGCCAGAGGGUCUUUGAUGAGAGUCUACUCUCCACCAUUUAUCUUCAUUACCCACAUAUUCUCUUUCCGUGGAAAGGUUACCUAACCAAACUCCUGCAAAACCACACCACCUAUGCCUGUGAUGGGGACUAUUUGAAUCUACAGUGCCCUCGGCAUUCUACGAUAAGUGUCCAAUCGGCAUUUUAUGGGCAAGAUUACCAAAUGUGUAGUUCCCAGAAGCCUGCCUCCCAGAGGGAAGACAGCUUAACCUGUGUGGCAGCCACCACCUUCCAGAAGGUGCUGGACGAAUGCCAGAACCAGCGGGCCUGCCACCUCCUGGUCAAUAGCCGUGUUUUUGGACCUGACCUUUGUCCAGGAAGCAGUAAAUACCUCCUGGUCUCCUUUAAAUGCCAACCUAAUGAAUUAAAAAACAAAACUGUGUGUGAAGACCAGGAGCUAAAACUGCACUGCCAUGAAUCCAAGUUCCUCAACAUCUACUCUGCGACCUACGGCAGGAGGACCCAGGAAAGGGACAUCUGCUCCUCCGAGGCAGAGCGGCUCCCCCCUUUCGAGAAUGCUGUAGGCUAUGUGGUGGCCCUGUGUGGGAUGCAACGUGAAGUUCUGGGUGUUUCCUGCCUUUCAGAUUGCUUGUCUUACUCAGCUUUGCAAGUCCUAUCCCGAAGGUGCUAUGGGAAGCAGAGAUGCAAAAUCAUCGUCAACAAUCACCAUUUUGGAAGCCCCUGUUUGCCAGGCGUGAAAAAAUACCUCACUGUGACCUACGCAUGUGUUCCCAAGAACAUACUCACAGCGAUUGAUCCAGCCAUUGCUAAUCUAAAACCUUCUUUGAAGCAGAAAGAUGGUGAAUAUGGUAUAAACUUCGACCCAAGCGGAUCGAAGGUUCCGAGGAAAGAUGGAAUUCUUGUUAGCAACUCUCUGGCAGCCUUUGCUUACAUUAGAGCCCACCCGGAGAGAGCUGCCCUGCUGUUCGUGUCCAGUGUCUGCAUCGGCCUGGCCCUCACACUGUGCGCCCUGGUCAUCAGAGAGUCCUGUGCCAAGGACUUCCGCGACUUGCAGCUGGGGAGGGAGCAGCUGGUGCCAGGAAGUGACAAGGUCGAGGAGGACAGCGAGGAUGAAGAAGAGGAGGAGGACUCCUCUGAGUCUGAUUUCCCAGGGGAACUGUCGGGGUUCUGUAGGACUUCAUAUCCUGUAUACAGUUCCAUAGAAGCUGCAGAGCUCGCAGAAAGGAUUGAGCGCAGGGAGCAAAUCAUUCAGGAAAUAUGGAUGAACAGUGGUUUGGACACCUCGCUCCCGAGAAACAUGGGCCAGUUCUACUGAAAACCACAUGCAUCUUGAUGCGAUCGCACUUUCUGAAGAAGGAAGGAUCCCAAAUGCCCCUCCAGUUCUGGUUCACCUGUACCUUCUAUGAAGGAGAAUUCGUCAUGUCAUUCAACACUCGUGAGGCCAGGAAGCUAUUAAAGGGAUGUUUCAAGCUGUUUCUAGCACAUUCCAAAAUAAAUAAGGAGGGAAGAGA